GCUAUCUUGUGUACCAGUUAACAAAGGUUAAUAGCAUUUGAAGUCGAUGGUCCGUAUAUCAUGUUACUGUUUAUCAUAAUUGUGUAGUACAUUAUACAUAUAUAUAUCACCAACGAAUGCGGGAAGUUUAUUUCUACUUUUUAAACGAAACACUCAUUGGAUUUCCGUGAUUUCAAGUAUAAGUGGAUUGACAAUUAUUCAUAAAAUUUAUUUCAUCACAAGAAUGCUUAAAACCUGACUUUAUUAUAAUUCAUAAAAGGAAAUAAGCAGCUUAGGUGCCGGGGAAGAAUUUUAACAUUGAUCAAAAAAGAAAGAUGAUGCAUCCACCAGGACAUAUAAAGAGGAAUAACAGAAACAAAAACGAAUAUUUACGAUACUGCGGGUCUAAAGAACUUAAAGCUGUUUCUCCGAGACCGGAACAUUCUACAACUGUUGCUGCAGACGUUAUAUAUUGUGUCUGUCCUGUUGAUAAACCAACUUAUUCAAACCCGCUUUUCCCAUCUAGCGAAAAUAAUACUGUAAAAGAGAGUAAGCCAGUUCAAGCAAGUGAUCAUGAAACAGAUACGCUUGACAGUGCUGUUAUUGCAAUUAACAUUUCAACACAUUAUAAACCCGCUUAUGGAACAAACCUUCAAAAUUUGAACCAGCCAUAUCGUAGUGCACUUUCAUCAGACAUAUCUACCUCAAGUCCACCAUUAAACGUAUGCACCUCAAGCCAAAGUCAAAACGUAUCCGAAAGACGGCAUUCAACUUUCAAUGGUUCCUCACAAGUAGCACUAAAUUCCAGUACAUACGUUCCGAAACCUCCAAGAUAUCCCGACAACGCCUCCUUGGUCAACAGAAUGUCAACUUUUCAAUAUCGGUUAUGGGAUGUGAACAAUAAACCGGAUAUAAGAACUCUAACAGAAUAUGGUUUCUUUUAUACAGGAAAUGGCGACCUUGUACGAUGUUUCCAGUGUGGAAUCGGACUUAAAGAUUGGGUCAAGGACGAUGAUGUUUUGGCUGAACAUAUCAAAUAUUCUUCUGACUGUGACUUUCUUCGUCAGAAAAUUGGUAGAACUGAAACGGAACGGUUAAAGAACUCAUUGUUUGUGCAUGAACAAGCUAGCAGUAGUAAGCAGACUUCAUCAAAUUCAUACAAGAUCCGCUCACCCAGAUAUCAAACCAUGGGGGCUAGAUUGACGUCAUUUGACUCAUUUCCCCGGCAUAUCCUCAUACAACCCCGGACUCUUGCUGUAGCUGGAUUAUACUACACGGGCAAAGGAGAUCUAUGUCGAUGCUUCGCGUGUGACGGAGGUCUUAAGGACUGGAGUACUGGGGAUGAUCCUAUUCAAGAACAUGCAACGUAUUUCCCAAACUGUCCAUAUAUAAACCAACUGAAAGGACAAGAGUAUGUCAACCAAAUGCAAUCGAGAAAAACAAACAGUAGUUUCACAGGAACAUCCGGGAACGAAACAACGUCGCAAGAAAAGGUCCAAGGAGGUGCAUCGUCACAAGCAAGUAACCAUGCAGGGAUCGAGCAAGGUGCGAUGUCGCAGGUAUCGCAGUCUUUCGCGACACUUUCUAUGGAUAAACUUAGCGUCGAAAAUAACGCAUCUAGUGUUUUAUCCUCUCAAGUGUUUCAACAGCUUGGUUAUACAGAACUGGAUGUUAACACUGCUAGAGCGGAACUACAUAGAAAAGGUAACAUUGACCCUACCUCUGAAGACAUUGUUAAUACUAUACUAGAUCUUCAGGAAAGAACAAGCCGUCAAACUGAAGGUGCCACUGGAAAUGGUAAUAAAAGUGAAUUACAGGAAAUGCUGGAAGAAAACGAGAGGUUGUCGGAGAUUGUACACUGUAAGCUCUGUGUAACUGGUGAACCGGAUAUCCUGUUUCUACCCUGCGCGCAUCACAAAAUUUGUCGCAUAUGUGCAGAAAAUUUAACACAUUGUCCAGUCUGUCAUACACAAAUAAAAGAAAAGGUCAAAACAUAUAGGGCAUGAAACGAUUGAUAUUGAAAUAAAAAUCAAGUCUAUCUGAUAAAUAGUUGACUUACCAUUUUAUAUAUAUAGUCUUCAGUUUAGAUUGUUUUCAAACGAAUACUAUUUCUUCAUUACUAGUACAAACUAGAUUUAUGUCCACAGGACACAGGUGCACCUUCCCUCCCCCAUCUCGUCACUGUACAUGGUUUCAUGAAUCUAUGCGAAACGUUUGCAACACAAAUUAUUAAGAACUUUAUAUGUAUUUUUCACUAUUCGAAGGACCAUUACUCUUGCCUAGCUGUGUGAAAUCCCAAAGAGAACACCAGGUGCAAAACGUCACAUGCUAUAAACCAACCCUUUAAUGUUUUAUGACUCUAGGUCAAAUACAUUUAGGGAUACAAGCCAAGGGUCAAAACGUCUCAGUUGCACAAAUUCACACGUGGAUCAAAUGAAUAUUUCUACAUGGUUUCAUGACUCUAGGUGAAAUAUUCUUUAAGAUAUAUGCAACACAAACUUUUAAACACUUUGUGUAUUUUUCACUGAGUCAAGGAUCAUUACUUCAGACUGGUUUAGUGAAAUCCAAAACAGGACACCAGGUGUGCAACUAGACAUGCUAUAUAACAGUCCCCAAAUGUUUUAUGACUCUAAGUCAAAUACCUGAAGGGGUCCUUCUACGUAUACAAACUUGUUAAGAUACUUGCGAAACUAACUUGUAUCCAAUUUAUCAAUAUCUUUUCGAAAUUCAAGGGCUAUAACUCUGGUCUAUAACACAGUCUGAAACUCGCCAACUAACAAAAGAAAAGAGUUAAAUUCAGAUUAAUUAUUAAUACCAACCCAGUAAUAAUAGAAUAGGGCUGUUAUCUGCAUCUCAUAAAACAACGAAGCAGUGUUUAAUGCGUGGCACCACUUUCAUCCUACACACUGUUUAGUUGCAAAUAGCUCAUACAGUAAUUAAGAUAAUAGAACAUUAUAUCCAGUAUAUUGUGUUGUUGUCAGGUCAUAUAGAGAAUAAUGUACAGUUGUCCAUCUUGGGCGUAAAACCAGGAAUAGAAACCUUUGAAGAACAACAGAUCUUCCGCAAGCUAUCACAUGAAAUAUUUCAACAUUCCGAAUGAGGUUUGAUUCCACAACUAAUUGUUUUAUAAGGCAAAAAGAAAUUACACAUAAAAACAAAACAAGUAAAGAUGUGUGCAAAAACACCACAUGGUAUUAAUAUGUCAGUGACAUUAUAGUGCUAGAAAAAGUGAAGACUAACAACUUUGUUGCUGCAAUUUUCAUUGUACGUUAUUAGUCUGGUCCACAAUUAGCAUUUAAUCACAAAUACCCUAGUAUUAAUAUAAGUAUUAUUAAUAUAUAUACGGUUUUUAUCAUAAACAAUGCCACGACAUUUGAUUUCCACUAAAGCCUUAUCAAACAGCUAACUAGUAGUCACAAUUACCAAAACAACGGUCCUUUCCUAAGUCUUAAUGUGGCAUCAUACAAGUUUGAUGCAUUUUGUAUGGGUCGAAAGGGAAUCUGGUAGUUGCAGGUAAUAGAAAGGGUGAAUGCUGCUGUAUCAAAAUAUGAACAAAUUGCCCAAAGACCUUUUCGUUUAAUUUGGUAAAAACAUUUAACAUGUUAUUUUACUCGUUAUAUGUAUAAUGUAGUUAACCCUGGUACAUUUGUGUAUGGGUUUUUACGAAAUAUAUUUCGUUUUUUACGAAAUAAGAUUCCGUUUUUUACGGAAUACAUUUCGUUUUUACGAAAUAACAUUUCGAAAAAUCGAAUUUUUAUUUCGUAAAAACGAAAUAAAAAAGUUUCACAUGUCACUUUACGGGCACCGUAACAUAUAAACAUUUGAAAAACAUUUUUUUAUCGUUGCAUAUCUUUGUUUAUUCAGUAUCACUCAGAGAUCUAUCCCUGCUUAUCAGACACCAAAAAAGAUUAAGAUAACAAAACUAUCAUGUUCUUGAACUUAAUUCUAAAACUCUUAUGAAAAUUAGUUUCGGGUUAUAAACUUAAUAUUUUCGUUUCACAUAUGACAUGCAUUUUGUCAUUAAUUCUUAUAAAAUAAAUGAACUUUAAAAUAUUCGUUUACACAGACGGGUUUUUGAGCCACAAGUACAUAAAAGUCUGUUAUACAUUUCUUUUUCUUUCUUUUUUUUAAAAGAAACUAUCAUAACAAAUAUCCAUGUUCUCGAGACAUUUUGAAGGAUUCUUUUGAAUGAAAAUAACGUCAAAGAAAGAAAAUAGGCCAUGCAAAAUUGAUUACUAGUUCGUCGGGAAUUCUUUGACAAUUUUAUUUUACUUUUUCUUAAUUUUGACAAUUUGAGAGGUGGGUACAAUUUUAAAAAGUCUUGUUUUAACAAAUAAUAAAAUAGGGUUGAGUUAAAUAAGAGUAUGAUAUUUUUAUCGUAACUAAUUUUGGUACUGUGUGAUAAUAUUGUUCAACGAUUUGUAGCUGUUUUUGUAAUCUCCACAGUUACUACUGUAAUAGCUCUGUUAAAAUUACGAUGAAUAUCACUAAGAAUAAAAAGCUCUCACAGACCAAACAUAAUGAUGACAUUGUGACAAGUAAUGGUAUUUUUGCAACACGUAAUAGGGAUUCCAACACUUGAUGCAUCUACUCACUUCAAAUUAAACCACUUUACCUCAAUUGUUAUGCCAAUUAUUAUGUCGUUUAAUUGAGAUUAAAUUUAUGUUUCCAGAUUGUCAGGAAAAUAAAUCAAACAAUUGUAGAUAUGCGGAAAUUACAAUUGAUUACAAUGUUAUGUACGAUAUGUAAGUGAAAAAGUAAACAGGACUUUGAUGACUUGAAAGGAUGGACAGGGUAAUUUGGAGAUUUUUGUAAGUACAGCCAGAACUGGUACCAUGUGUCAUUUAUGAUUGCUCACUCAAUGUUAAUGGUUGGUAUUCCUCGGCUCGAAAUAAAACCGAUACAAAAUAUCAUCGUUAAAUAAACUACUUAGAUGAUGGUACUAUAACUUUGAUGCUUGUUCAAUGAAAUCAACAAUGGUUUGGACACUCAUUAUUUAAAUUGCUGGAAAAUCCUUUUACGUACUUCAAUUGUAUAAGUUCGUUUACUUCAUUUGUUCUUCAAUACAAAUCAGUGAAAAUAUUUUAUAAGAAUAGGUUUCAAAUUCCUGUCUAUACAAUGUAUGUGUCAUCUGACGAAGUAAUAACAUUGUCAUACAAUAUAAUUAGAGAUCUUUGUUGUUAACUGUUAUACGCUGUUAUUUACUUAGUUUAAAAAUGUUGUUUUAUUUUUAUAUAUUUUUAAUCUUUUAUCAUUAAACCUAAUAAAUCGAUUUACGUUGUCCA